AUGCACUUGCCUCUAACAUCUCUUACGGUCUUUCUGGCCUUUCUUUCCGCUGGCCAUGGCCUGCAGUCUUCUCAGAUCCCCUCUGACACCCCACUAUCAUCGUUGAUCGCUUCUGCAAAAUCCCACCUUGCGGGUGGUUCCCCCCGCGAGGCCUUGGUGUAUUUUGAUGCGGCUGUGUCCAGGGAUCCCACAAAUUAUCUUACACUCUUUCAGAGAGGUGCUACCCAGCUGAGCCUGGGUAAGAGCUCACUGGCUCUUGAAGACUUCGACCGGGUUCUUCAACUGAAGCCAGACUUCGAAAGCGCUCUUCUACAGCGGGCACGACUGAAGGCCAGCUCUGCUGACUGGGCAGGUGCGUUGGGUGAUCUUGAUAAAGCUGGUAAGAGGUCCACACCAGAGUAUCAAGAACUCCGGGAAUCGCGUGAUGCUGCGUCUGCCGCGCUGGAAGCGGAAAGUCGCGGAGCCUGGGAUGUCUGUGUAAGCCAGGCGAGUAUAGCUUUGGCCAAGGCAACGAUGUCUUUAAGCCUGCGGCGGGCUCGGGCACAUUGUCGCUUUGAGACGGGUGAAACAGAACAGGGAAUCAGCGAUCUUCUUCACGUGCUACAGAUUCACCCGAGCUCCUUGGAGCCCUAUCUACAGAUAUCGUCGACACUUUUCUAUGCCUUGGGAGACACGGACCGCGGUAUUUCCCAAGUCCGCAAAUGUCUACAUUCUGACCCUGAUUCGAAACCGUGCAAUCGCCUUUACAGAAGGGAGAGGCAGCUUGUAAAACAGUUCCAAAAAUUGGAGGAAGCUGUGAAUGCGCGAAAACACAACAACGCCAUUAAUAUACUGAAGGAUGCUGCACAGGCAAAGGAGGAUGGUCUUAUUCACCCAAAAGCCCCGAGCAGCCUUUAUGCCUCACUCGUCGAACGGACCUGCGAGGUUUUCCGGGAGGCGCAAAUGCCCAAACGGGCUAGUCCAUACUGCUCGGAGGCUUUGACUUUCGAUCCUAAUUCUUUACCGGCGCUCCUCCUCGAGAGUCAGCAUGCUAUUGACGAGGAUCGGUUUGAUGAUGCUAUACGGUUGCUAAACCAAGCCAAGGAACAUCAUUCCAAUUCGAGGGAAGUUCAGGCCCUGUUGCAGAAGGCCCAAGUUCUACAGAAACGUUCCAAGCAGAAAGACUACUACAAGGUUUUGGGUGUGAGCCGCGAUGCGGACGAGAGGACUAUCAAGCGUGCUUAUCGGCAGCUUACGAAACAGCACCACCCUGAUAAGGCCAUUUCCCAGGGUGUUACCAAGGAGGAGGCUGAGAAGAAGAUGGCCUCAAUUAAUGAAGCUUACGAGGUACUUUCUGAUCCUGAAUUGCGAUCCCGGUACGACAACGGCGAUGACCCCAAUGACCCAGAGUCACAAAGGGGCAGGCCAUUUCAAGGGAGUCCGUUUGGACCAGGCGGACAAUUUUUCUUCCAGCAGGGCGGCGGUCCGCAAUUCAAGUUCUCGGGUCAGGGCUUCAACUUUCCCGGCGGUUUCCCUUUCCGCUGA